AGUGCGUGGCUGCAGAAAUGGCGGACGCGGAGCGGUUCUGUUGCGCUCUGUUACGGAGGAUUGCCGGGUGUUUUUCCUUGAUACUCGUCGCCUCUGUCUGUACGGGCUCCUCCUCCUCCUCCUCCUCCUCAGCAGCAGCAGCAGCAGCAGCUCAGGACGUGUCCGACUACGGAGCCUUUAGCGCUGGGCAGGCGGCGAGAGUGACCCCGGCCACGGCCGCCCGGGAUGUCCGGUACCUGCUGUAUGAUGUGAACCCCCCCGAGGGCUUCAACCUGCGUCGGGACGUGUACAUCCGCAUGGCGUCUCUUGUGAAGACGUUGCGCCAGCGGGGUGACUGGGUGCUGGUGCUGCCCCCCUGGGGGCGCCUCUACCACUGGCAGAGCCCCGAAAUCGACCAGGAGCGCAUCCCCUGGGGCGAGUUCUUCAGCAUCACCAGCCUGCAAGCCAACGUGCCCGUCAUGGAGUACGAGGAGUUCAUCGCUGAGUCUGGGGGGCCCUUCAUCGACCACAUCCUGGUGCUGCAGAGCUACGCGGAGGGAUGGACCGAAGGCAAGUGGGAGGAGAAGGUGGAUGUGCGACCGUGCAUCGAGAAGCUCGCGUACACCAAGGACAAGCAGGGCUACUACAGAGGCUGGUUCUGGGGCUACGAGGAGACGCGAGGUGUCAACGUCACCUGUCUGUCAGCUCAAGGCCACGCCUCCAUCCUGGCCCCGUACCUGCAGGACAACAUCACGGCUACCUCUGUGAUGUUGGACAGAGCCGAGACUGUCCUCCAUGACCACUACGCUGGGAAAGAUUACUGGGAUACCAGACGCAGCAUGGUGUUUGCCAAGCACCUGCGCAUUAUCGGAGAUGAGUUCCGGGCAAAGUACCUGAACUCCACGGACGAGAAGGACCUGACCCCUUAUCAGGAGGACUGGACCCGUAUGAAGGCUAAGCCCGGCAGUGCCUGGGGUGGUCCUUACGUAGGGGUCCACCUGCGGCGGAAGGACUUCAUCUGGGGACACCGCGAGGACGUCCCGAGUCUAAAGGGGGCGGUGAAGAAGAUCCGCAGCCUCCUGAAGAAGCUCAAGCUGGAGCGUGUCUUUGUCGCCACGGAUGCCGACGAGGAAGAGCUGAAGAAGCUGAAGAAGAUGCUGCCCGAGAUGGUCCGGUUCGAGCCCUCCCAGGAGAACCUAGAGCUCCUCAGAGAUGGGGGCGUCGCCAUUAUCGAUCAAUGCAUUUGCGCACACGCCAGGUAUUUCAUCGGGACGUCUGUCUCCACCUUUUCCUUCCGCAUCCACGAGGAGAGGGAGAUCUUGGGCUUCGACCCCAAGACCACCUACAACCGUUUCUGCGGUGACAGUGAGAAGGAGUGUGAGCAGCCCACGCACUGGAAGAUCGUUUACUGACGGCUCCGUCUCUCUCCAGCUCUGGGACGCACAUCCGGGACUGGUUAUGAUCCACUCACACUGGACCUUCUAGUACCUUCUAUGGCUGGAAAGUUUCCCUUUUGUGUACUGUGCAGAAGUUGAACUGGGAUCUGGGGUGGACGUCUCAGCGUAUCCUAAAUGCAUCGACGCUGUGCUAUUUCAGCCCCCCCCCGACUGUGAAACUUGAACCCAAACCUCAGUCACUGUCUAUUGAUCAACCACUGAUUCAUUGAUCAGUUAUUGGUUCAGCUGGUCGGAUGCCAUCUAAUCAGUAUUAUUUUUCCUCACUUGAUAUAAAAAGUUAUGUUACAUCGUUGCUGGGGAGGAAUUUGCAUAAAGGCAUUAAUUUUAAUUUUAGGGCACUGAGCAGAAGGUAAAAGGCCAAAAAAGCAUGUUCAUCAGCUCCUUUAUUAGUCAUUAAUGAAGAAUCGAUGUUCAGCGUUUCCACUCAUGUACUUUUACCCUCUAGUGUUGUUUUAUGUAUAGUAUUAUUGAAGCACACAAUAUUGCAACUGCCAGAA